AUGAAGUUACCAGCCGCUUGGAUUUUUCUUGCCUUUAUACUUCCAUCACUAAUUUCUUGUUGGAGCAGCGAUGGUUUGGUCAGGAUUCCGGUGAAGAAGAGGAAAUUUGACCAAAUUGCUGACUUGUCUGUUUCAACUGCCCCUCUAGAAGCCUCUCCGCUGCUCAACAAGUAUUAUGGCGGAUAUAGUGAUGGGGCUGAUGUAAUUACACUGAAGAACUACUUGGAUGCUCAGUAUUAUGGCGAAAUUGGAGUUGGGUCUCCUCCUCAAACCUUCACUGUAAUCUUUGACACUGGAAGUUCCAAUCUUUGGGUUCCUUCUUCAAAAUGUUACUUCUCGCUCGCUUGCUUUCUUCAUUCUAGGUACAAAUCAAGUCAUUCAAGCACGUAUAAGGAGAACGGUACUUCUGUCGCAAUCAACUAUGGAAGUGGUUCACUUUCUGGUUUCUUUAGCCAGGACAGUGUCAAAGUCGGCCAUCUUGUUGUGGAGGAUCAGGAUUUUAUCGAGGCAACAAAAGAGCCAGGCAUCACAUUCUUGGCUGCAAAGUUCGACGGCAUCCUUGGGCUUGGAUUUCAAGAGAUUUCAGUCGGAAAUGCUGUUCCCGUGUGGUAUAACAUGGUUAAUCAAGGUCUUGUAAAGAAACCUGUUUUUUCGUUUUGGUUGAACCGUAAUGUUGAAGGUGAAGGAGGAGGAGAGAUUGUGUUUGGUGGGGCUGAUCCUAGUCAUUACAAGGGAAAGCAUACCUAUGUUCCUGUUACUCAGAAAGGGUAUUGGCAGUUCGAUAUGGGCGACGCAAUUGCUGAUUCUGGUACUUCCUUGUUGGCUGGCCCAACGACUGUGAUUGCUCAAAUCAACCAUGCUAUUGGGGCUUCUGGCGUUGUCAGUCAAGAAUGCAAGACAGUUGUGUCACUCUAUGGGAAAACCAUACUGGAAUUGCUCUUAGCUGAUGUACUGCCAAAACAAGUCUGCUCCCAAAUUGGCAUUUGCUUCUCUAAUGGGUAUCACAGUGUUAGUAUGGGCAUUAAGACUGUGGUGGGUCAGAGUACAGACACACCAGUGGACAAUGCCCUGUGCACUGCUUGUGAGAUGGCGGUCGUGUGGAUUGAAAAUCGGCUGAAGUUAAAUGAAACAGUAGAACUGAUUCUUACAUACGUAAAUAAGCUUUGUGAAAGGCUUCCCAGUCCUAAUGGACAAUCAGCCGUCAAGUGUAGUAGUCUUUCUUCCAUGCCUGUUGUCUCGUUCACGAUUGGUGGCAAGGGUUUCAAUCUUGCACCAGAAGAGUACAUUCUUAAAGUGGGGAAUGGAAUUGCAGCUCAAUGCAUCAGUGGGUUCUCAGCAUUUGAUAUGCCACCUCCUCGCGGCCCUCUGUGGAUUUUGGGAGAUGUUUUCAUGGGACGUUACCACACUGUGUUCGAUUAUGAGAACUUGUCAAUCGGGUUUGCUGAAGCAGCUUAG